AUGCUCCGCGCCAAACGCCAAAACACCCACUCCCUCGAGGACUCCUCCGUGACCCCCGCAACUUUCACCGAUGGCCUGCCCCUCCCCAAGCUGAUCGCCUUCGAUUUGGAUUAUACCCUCUGGCCCUUCUGGGUCGACACACACGUUAGCGGGCCCGUCAAGCCCCGCGACAACAAUUCACGCGUUGUGGAUCGAUGGGGCGAAGCCUUCGCAUUCUAUCCAGCCGUAUCCUCCAUUAUUCAGGCCUGUAAGAGCCGCGCGAUCCCUCUGGCCGUCGCCUCUCGAACCCAAGACCCCGAUCUAGCGCGCGACAUGCUGAAAGCACUACACAUCAUCCCUUCGUUCUCCGACAACCCAGCGGCGAAUACGAAAACGAGUCGCGCGCUGGAAUACUUUGAUUUUAUCCAGAUCUUCCCGGCCAACAAGACGCAGCAUUUCUCGCGUAUUCAGCAGACUAGUGGGGUGGCUUAUGAGGAUAUGCUUUUCUUCGAUGAUGAGGCGCGGAAUCGGAAUGUUGAGACGGAGCUCGGGGUUACGUUUUUUCUGGUGAGGGAUGGGAUGAAGCUUGAUGUGGUUGAUCGGGGGGUUUGGGCUUGGAGGAAGAGAAAUGGUAUCAAGAAGAAUGCGGAUGGGGAACUCCCUAACUGA